CAAACAUGGCAGUGAUGAGGCGCUUGGUGGCGCUGUCCCUCCUGGUGACGUGCGCGGCGUGCCUGCCGGCCGCCUCCAUGGACUCCCCCAACUCGAGAAACUCCAUCCAGACCGGGGACGACCUCAUGGACUCCAUCUACAGCGACUGCCUCAACAAGGGAUCGGUCUCUUGUGUGAAGUACAAGCUCUUCUCCUUCGUCGACAAGGUCCUGAGCACCAAGGACUCCUUCAGCCUGACAGAAGGCGUGACCGUGGUGAAGACGGCAGGAGCUGCUCCUGUGGGCGAUGGUGCCCCUAGGGCUCUCACACAAGACGAUGUCCAGACUCAGGACGUGGAGACGAUGGUAGCCAACAGAGUAGAGCGCUUCCUGCAGACGCACACUGUCAAGAUCGACCUCAAGGGAAGUGACGUUCUGAACGCCGCCUCCUCCGCCGGCAGAGCCUUGGGCAUAAUCGAUGACGGAACUGUGGUCGACGACGGUGCUGAGGAAACCGGCAGAAAGAAAAUCAAGAAGGGUGGCAAGAUCCUACUGCCUCUGCUGUUGAUGCUGAAGCUGAAGGCUGCCGCGCUGCUGCCGCUGGCUCUCGGAGCCAUCGCGCUGAUAGCCGGUAAGGCUCUGCUGAUCGGCAAGAUCGCCCUGCUGCUGGCCUCCAUCAUCGCGCUGAAGAAGCUGUUAUCGGGUCAGCAAAAGACAGUAACCUACGAGAUAGUGAGCCACCCGCAUCACUCGUCCAGCCACGAGCAUCACGGACACGAUUCCUUCUCCAGCGGGGGAGGUGACAUCGGAGGUGGUGGCUAUGGAGGCGGUGGUCACGGUGGAUGGGGCCGCAGCGCCGACGCACAUGACCUCGCUUACAGUGCGUACGCACCCGCGAAACAGUGAAUAUUCUGACUGUGCCAAACCCACCUCGCAGGCCUGCCUGCAGCCAGUACGUCAAUACUCAGUCUUGUUGUUUUCUUAAUUUAUUGUUACGUAAUUUAUUUUGUUACUUGCCAACUGUAAAUAUGGGCUUGCUGUUGUAUAUAGACUUAUCGUAUUCCAAGGCUAUUAAGCACUCUGAUAGACAAACCAAAGAUGUACUGUGUAGCCGUCAAUAGCAGUUCUUCCUGUUCUGUGCUUCCGUUAAGUUAUGAAUAAAUGUUA